AUGGCGCAGCAAGGAGUUCAACUGGACCGAAAGACCUUCUGCUGUUUAUUCUGUCAGGAUCUACUGAAGGAUCCGCCCAAGACCAGAGCUGGAUUCUUACGAUAUUCACGUGAUAUCACACUGGAUCCAAACACAGCACAAAAUUGGCUGUCAUUAUCUGAGGGGAACAGAAAAGUGAAGUGGACAGGGAAAGGGAUUUAUAUAGCAGUUGCAUACAAGACUAUCAGCAGAGACCGGUGGACAGGGGAAGACUGUACAUUCGGAUUUAAUGACAAAUCUUGGUCAUUGUAUUGUUUCGAACAGAAAUAUGGCUUUAUCCACAACGGUACCUUCACUCGUAUCUCAGGUCCUGUGUCCUCAGGUCCUCUGUCCUCCAGAGUAGGAGUGUAUCUGGAUCACAGUGCAGGUAUUCUGUCCUUCUACAACGUCUCUGAAACCAUGACUCUCCUCCACAGAGUCCAGACCACAUUCACUGAGCCUCUCUAUGCUGGACUUGGGCCACACAGGGUUUCUGAGGGAGACACUGCUGAGUUCUGUAAACUCAAAUAAUACAGACAGGAGUAAUUUAAGGGA